AUUAAAGUUAUGCAGUUGAUUACAUUUUCUUUUCAAUGACCGGUAAGACGAUUAGAAUCCAAAUUGGAGCCCUAAAACGAAAGUGCACACGUUCCGGCCCGAGUACGAAUAAAAACCGACGCAGUGAAUUCAAACCGUAAGUAAAACCCUAAAAUCCAAAAUCGAACCCUUAAAAUGGCGGUAAUGACGCGGAAUCGACUGCGCAUGACGACUGAGGCGACGGAAGUGUCAAUAAACACGAUUCUCCCGGAGGAACUAAUGAUCGAAAUCCUCUCCAGGAUUGAGUUGAGCAAUCCUCUGGAAUUAAGGUGCGUUUGCAAAUGGUGGAAAUCGAUAGUCGCUGAUCCUCAAUUCGUGGAGAGUUACCUUCACAGAUCGUUCAGUGAUGUCCUUGAUCUUACUUCUACGGCUAUGGAGCACGUGGAAUCUUUUGAAUCGCAUGAUAUUUACCUUCCCGCCGAUCUUCAAGAUGAUGAAGAUGAUGAUGAAGAAGAUGAUGAUGAUGUGACAGAGUUAUUGGUGAACAAGGCGGCUCAGUUGGAUAAUUUUUUGGUGAUUCUUGAGUGUAUGAAAGGGAACUUGAACACUAUGAAGGUUGAUGUGAUAUCUUUGAAGAGAAGAAUGAAAUGUUUAGAAAGUUUUCUGAAAAUUUAUCUGAAGUCAGCACCAUCUUUAUUCUCUAGUGUCUGAUUUUAUUUUCUACAUCUUCAUGCUAUUUCUUGCAUUUUUGAAAUGCUGCGACUUCAGAUUAGUUUGAUUAUAUUACCUGGUUGCUUCUUUUUGCAUUAAGCUACUUUUUUUUAAUGCUAAGGUCUGUAUUCAGAUAUUGUUCUUCCUUGAAUGAUAUUGUAAAUGAAUGGACUAGUUAGUUGAAA